GAGACAGACAGAUAGCUGUACUUGCAAGGCUAAGUGCCUAGUAAUGGAAAGUAUCAAGUGACCAUGGGGCUGAGUUGCAGGAUCUGAGUUGCCUAGCACAAAAAUACUGCUUUAGCUGCAGCAGCUGAUACAAGUGGACUGUGAACACCCGGCUCAAUUAAUGGAGAACAGAACAAUGAGUAGACUCUGGGUAAGUCUGCAUACUGUGCAAGCCUAAACUGGUCAAACGGCUUGGUUUAACAGUAACAACCCCAACAGCAGGAUCAACGCUGAAGGGCUUCUACAGCCUGUCAUCCUUGUGACCUUUCCCGCUACUCCUUGCUCUGCAGAUUCUUUUGUGCAGCCCCAGACCACAUGGCCUAGCAGUCAAGUUCAGCAUUGUCAUCCUUCCUAAUAACCAGUGCAGAGGGUAAACAAACAAGCAGAAGAAAUUAAUCUUUGGAGCGUCCUUGGAUUGGUCACUCUCCAGUACUCUGCACGAAGCAAAACUUUGUAAACAGUUUCAAUUCACAGCACUGUUAACCAGCAAGGAGCUCAAAGCAAACAAGCCUCCCUUGUGGACUGCCUUGACCCAGACUUUGAGGAAAGCAGCUGGCCAACUGCCUACGCUCUCAUGUUCAGCCACACAGCUCAGGAGCCGCCAAAUGAGCUAAGAGGGUUGCAUUUUCCCAGCUGUGUGAUCCCCACGCUGUAUACCUGGCCAAGAAUCCACGUGCAAGCCCAGGAAGGAGGAAUCAGCUUCAGCUUCAUUGUAGUCUCUCAUAUUAGAAACUGAGACACUCCGGGUUGCCAGACUGACUACUGUGUGGAGAGCUGCAGCGGCUGUGGAAAGGAUCUGCGUGAGCCGGGGCUGCGAGGGUCGCUGCGAGGGUCGGGGGUGAAAGAAGGAACGGACUGCUUGGAGCAAAGUGCAGUAGCAGCAGCGCCUGCGGAUUUGAUUACUCGGGUGACACGCACCGCAGAUUUGCCCGAGCGCAGCCAGACCAAAGCACACACCCAGCCCGUCAAGAAGGAAAAAAAGAGAUUUUAGGGCUGGGCACCUGAUUCCCAUCGCCUCUCCCGUUCCCCCUUUGCAGGGAUCUGUAGCUGCAAUAUGACUCUGGAAGACCUUGCUGGGGAGCAUCAGACUUUUGGAAGCAUGGAGAAGGUAGGGGAUGCCCUGGAGGAAGUCCUAAGCAAAGCCCUGACUCAGAGGAGCAUCACCAUUGGGGUAUACGAGGCUGCCAAACUACUCAACGUAGAUCCAGAUAAUGUGGUGCUGUGUCUGUUGGCAGCUGAUGAGGAAGACAACCAGGAUGUUGCUUUACAAAUUCACUUUACCCUGAUCCAAGCUUUCUGUUGUGAGAAUGACAUUAACAUACUGCGAGUGAGCAACCCAAGCCGGCUAGCAGAGCUGCUGCUUUUGGGGGCAAGUGGAGGGGGCGAGCAGCCUGCAGACCUGCACUGCGUACUUGUGACAAAUCCACAUGCCUCUCAGUGGAAGGAUCCAGCCUUAAGUCAGCUGAUUUGCUUUUGCCGGGAAAGCCGCUACAUGGAUCAGUGGGUCCCAGUGAUUAACCUUCCUGAACGGUGACAGCAUAUGGAUGAAGCUGAACUGAACAGAAAAAUUGCACUGAAGUUUCAAAAUACUUUAGUAGUUUGUUCAGGAAGUAAUUUCCCAGCCUCUGACACAAGGAUUACAGUAACUGAUGUCAAGUGUUGGUUGAGGUUGAACCACAUGUUGUGCGAAACUGAAGGACAUUUGACUUUGCUGUUGAAAGAUGAUGGACCCAAAGCAGAGCUAUGUUGAGGGAGCAAUAGGAAGUCAUUGGAGGAAGUUGGAGCGCUGCAAGAAGGCUGAGAAAAUAGUGUGGCAGAGUUCCUUUAAGAACACACCAAAUGCGCUUUGUUGGCGUUUCAAAAGAGCAACUUUUUGUUUCUGUUUUUAAAUACCUUUCACUUGUAAGAGCUAAAAGGGUUAAUUACUCUUAAAACUAUCUCCUUUGUUUCAAUAUGCUGAUUUCUUAAGUUUUUAUUCUAUGAAAUAUUAAGUUAUUUUAUGAUAUCAAUGAAAGGUUUAUUUAUGCUAGGGAUUUUCAAGAGCAUCCUGCUUGCACAACUUGUAUUAAAAUGUUUGAACUGCUACCUUUUAAUAAAUUGUUUGAAAUUGGACUAUGUUCA